AUGGGGUUGUCCGAAUCAGGCUACGGAUGCAAGAUUCACCCGAACCACCAUGUGGAACAAGGGGUUUGCUCUUCUUGUUUGAGAGAAAGAUUAUCGAGUCUGAGUGAGAUCGGUCUAUACAAACAAAAUUUAUCAUCCUUUUCUCCUGAUAUAGAAUACCAUUCGAUUUCAUCUUCGAUGUCUACCUCACCAUCUCGACGACAUCCUGAUUCCCAUAAACGAAUUAGUUCCGGGGAGCCGGUGGGAAUCACAUGGCCGUCAUCAUCGUGUUGUACAAUGAAAUUCGGUGCCAACGGUGUAAAGAAGAGUAGAUCGAUCGCUUUCGAAACAGGAAACUUCUACGAUGAAGGAGGAGAAAAAGAGGUUAAGGAUGGGAAGAAGAAGGAGAAAGGGUUUUGGUCAAAGUUGCUUGGCUUGAAAGGGAAGAAUAAGGAUGUUUUGAGACAUUCAAAGAGUAUGAGAUUGAUUGAUGAAGUGAACAUGGUUUCCUAA